AAAAAUGAUUUGCGAAAUAAAUUUAGUGGUGUUCAUUCUUAUGGCCAUUGUCAUAGAGAAACAGUAACACCGCUUAGAAACCCCCCACCGGAAAAUGGCGACUUUCACAAACCCAUCUCAACUUCUUCCACUCGAGUUGGUUGACAAGUGUAUAGGAUCAAGAAUUCAUAUAGUUAUGAAGAAUGAUAAAGAAAUUGUAGGAGUACUUCUGGGAUUUGAUGACUAUGUCAAUAUGGUAUUAGAAGAUGUAAUUGAAUUUGAAAGUACUCCAGAAGGAAGACGUGUGACAAAAUUGGACCAGAUAUUAUUAAAUGGAAAUAACAUUACCAUGUUAGUACCAGGUGGGGAAGGACCUGAAGUGUGACCUAUGUUUGAUAAUUGUAUGUGCGCUGGAUGGAGAGAUGCAACAAUAGUGAAGAACAAGCACUGUGAAGAAAUGGAGAAAAUAAUUUUGAACAUUAAAACAAAAACAUGUGGGAAACACUUUUUUUUUAUGUAUUUCAUUAUAUUUUGUCAAGCCUACUUUGGGAUGGAAAUUACAGAGAGAUGUAAGCUAUUGUGUAUGUUACUAUGUUACGAUCUUUUAUGUUAACAAAAGAAUAAGAUUGACACUCAGUAAAGAAAACUUUUGUGAACUCUUGAGCAGAAGGAUUACUUGACUUUAACAGUGCUUGUGUGUUUAUAUAUAACUAGGUACAAUCUAAAUCAUUGUUUGCAAGUAGUCUCAAAAUACUAAUAUUGUUCUUUUUUAUUAUAGUGUUUUUUUUUAUUAUAAAAAAGUAGUAAUAAUCUUUGGAUGUUAUUUGAUUUAUCCUGCUGCUGUCUAGUUUAAUCAUGAUUUUAGAUUAUUUAAAUGGUUUCAUUCUGACUUUUUUCCUGAUAAAACAAUGUUUAUAAUGUAGUUUUGCAGCUAACUAUGUGACGUCAUCAUAGGCUAACCAUGUGACAUAAUCAAAGAAACUUUACAUUCUUUGCUUAGUACUGGUUGGUUUCAGGAACGGGUUUGAGAGCGUUUCAAUAAGCUAACGGCUUCCAACACAAACUAAAAUAAAUUUAUAUAAACUGACUCUCUUUUAAUCUGCUAAAAAAAGCUCAUUUAAAUACAAAACCUAGCAAAUCUGUUAGUAAGUUUGUGAUACAUGUAUGUUUAGAAGAAUUACAAGUAUUAAAGAGUGCUAAUAU